GCGCGGUGUUGUCACGUGGCAGUCAGGAACAUAUUCACAACAAUGUGGCAGAAUCUUUGGAAUUGAAAGGAACAUCAGUCCUGAGGAUACUCCAGAGCUGUGGUAAUGAAUGGAAAACUCAUCCCCCAUACUCCGCUGGCUGUGGACUUCUGGCAGGUUAGGAAGUGUCAGCAUGUCCGCCUGUUCUUCCUGUCCCAUAUGCACAGUGACCAUACUGUGGGCCUGACCUCGACCUGGUCCAACAGACCCAUCUACUGCUCACCAGUCUCUGCGACACUGCUCAAACUUAAACUACAGGUCAGAGAGCGAUGGAUCCAUCCUCUGGAGGUGGGGGAACCCAACAUGUUGCCUCUGGAUGAUAUAGGAAAGGAGAGGUUGACCGUCACUCUCAUGGACGCUAACCACUGUCCAGGAGCGGUCAUGUUCCUGUUUCAAGGAUACUUUGGCACCAUACUCUACACUGGAGAUUUCCGCUACACCCCGUCCAUGCUGCGUGAGCCAUGUCUAAGGACCAACACCACUAUAGAUGUCCUGUACCUGGACAACACGAACUGUGACCCCACACGCACACUGCCCUCCAGACAACGAGCCACUCAGCAGAUCAAAGAGAUCAUCCGCAGCCAGCCCAAGCACAAUGUUGUCAUUGGCCUGUACACUCUGGGUAAGGAGUCUCUACUGGUCCAGCUGGCCAUGGAGUUUAAGACCUGGGUGGAAGUGUCCGUCGAGAGGCUAGCGAUUCUCAGAGCCCUGGAGCUGCCGGAUGUCUUCACCACUGAGCCAGGAGCGGGCCGGAUCAGGGCCGUGGACCAGUCAGAGAUCCGCUCCACCAACCUCCUCCUUUGGAACAGGGAACACCCCACCCUGGCCAUCCUGCCCACCAGCAGACCCCUGGUCUCCUUCCACCCUAAUGUCCACGUGGUACCUUACUCUGACCACUCCUCCUACCAGGAACUGGAGGACUUUGUCUCAGCCCUGCGGCCCACCUCCCUGGUCCCCAUCGUGGGCAGGCUUACCACUGGCAUCCCCUCCUUCUCUGCCCUGCUGCCUAGGAGAAAACGCCACGAGGUCCUGGUUCCUGAGUCAGUCCGGCACUACAUGAAGGGCCGACCUGAGUUGCAGGUUCAAGACCCUGGUCAGUCCAGCUUCCUGGGUUACAGUAACCUGCCGCGGAGGCCUAUCCGACCCCCUCCACCCAGAGGGGUGGUGUUUGAGUCCCCCCCUAAGGCCCCCUCCAGAGACUCCACGCCUGGGUCGGUGGUGGUCGAAGCCUGGGAGACAGGGUCCAUGGAGCAUCCUGGUCAGGAGGAAGAGAUGGACACGGAGAUGGAUGCCGACAGAGAUGGAGAAGAGUCGGACUGUAUGCUGGUAGAUCUGAGUGAAGACCACAGCCCUACCAAAGACACAGGACCCAGCUCCAGCCCCGACCCUAACCCCAGCCUAUCCAGAGACCCCAAUCCCAGCCUCAGCAGAGACCGAGACCCAUGGGGCCUGAAUCUGGUCCACAGGGUCUCAGAGAACCUGGAUCUGGAGGAGAGUGUCCCCUUCAGUCAGUUCACCCAGAGUAACUUCACACUCAUGGAGGUCCUGAGAAACACUGCCAUUUCACUGAGGCCCAGAGCUGUGAGAGAGGAGACCCAUCCUCAGUAUUUGCCUUGUGAUAAUAUGGCCGCCUUAAACUGUAACUUAAACGCAGUAUCAAUUAACAUAACCAGUUCCCACAAUGGAAACCCAGACCAGGAGACAGAAACUCUUCCAUUACUGCAACUAAGCCUGAGCUCCUGUUCCGGUGACAGUACCUGUGCGAACGCUAGUGACCCCACUGAAACACAACCUGAGCCAACAGAAGACUGUGAGGUGACUCUCCUGCUGUCCCUCCCUUUCUCUGAGGAGGACUUGUCUGUCUCUGGCUGCUAUAGCAACACGCUCCUGGAACGGAGAUUUUUGGAAAAGUUCAGCCUCUCUCCUUCAGAUGUGGAGUAGGGAGGGUGAAGUUACCCAGGCCUAGACACUGAUCUUGCAUUUUUCCCCGCUACUGGUUACGGUUAUGAUUGGGAGAGGUGAAGCUGAUCCUAGAUAUGUACCUAGGGGAACCUUCCAGUGAGGGAAUAUUAGUUAGUCAGUUCCACUCUGCUGUUGAGAGGUACCUUAGCUGCUAACACCAGACAGAGGAUAAUGUGAAUGCUAACCGUGUCAACAUUCUUUCCUUCACAUUCCUUAAGAAGACUCUUCUUGUACUGUUUUAAAAAGCACUUCUUCAGUUGUGUAUAUAAAAGAAAAGUAUGUUAAAAGUUUAACUUGCUAGGUCAGAUUUUAAUUUGAGAUUUUCCAUUUGAGUUUGCUUUUUGGUUCAGGACUAGGCUUCAUCUGUGUCCGGGAAACCGCCCCAUGAUGUUUACUUUAAGGGAAGUGCAUAUUUCACUGUGUCAUUUCAUUUAUGACAUGAUUUGUGUUUAUACAGGGGCAGUAUUUACAAAGCUCUCACCUACUAUGUUAUGGCUAGGUUGUAGGCUGCAUGGAUUCAUUUAAUUUCCUGUAAUGUGCCACAGUGUUUGAACCAUGUUUUAAAUGUGAAUAAUUAGUGAAAUACUUCUUACUGUAGCCCACAUGUUAUAUGCCUUUUAAUGCUGCUCACAGUUCACUGUUGAUUUUAUAUAUAUAUAACAUACACUGAGUAUACCCAAACAUUAGGAACCCCACCCCCAACUGGUGUCGAGCUCCCUGCCAUCCAGGACCUCUAUGUCAGAGGAAGGCCCGAAAAACUGCCAAAGACUCCAGCCACCAAAGCCAUAGACUGUUCCCUCUGGUACCGUCCGGCAAACGGUACUGGAGCAUCGGCUCCCAUACCAGCAAGCGCCGAGACAGCUUCUUCCCCCCUAGCCAUAAGACUGCUAAAUAGUUAGUCCGGGUAACCAUUUAAUUAUCUUCACUGACCCUAUCUUGCACUGAC